AAAUCUAAAAAUUGGCUAAAAAAGGCCAAAAAUAAAGAUCACCAGGAGAAAAUUUUCUCCAUUACCUACUCUCUCUCAGUCACUCUCAAAAAUUCUCCAUUACCUACUCUCAGUCUCUAACUCUCACAUGUUGUGGAGUGUGGACUGUGCAUUUUGCGUCUCCUCCACCAUUUUUGUCUUUCUUCGAGCAACUUUAGCUUCACCUUAGUCAAAAAUCAAAACCAAUGUCUCCUUCAUAUCCUUCCACAUUCAAGGCAUAAAUAAAUUCACCCUCUUUCUUCAAAAUUGUAAGCAGGUAAAUAUGGUAGCAGUAGUAACAACAGUAAUAUUAUUAGUAUUAUUAGGCAUGGUAAAAGAAGGUGAAGCAGCAAUAGGAGUGAACUGGGGAACACUGUCACAUCACAGAGCAUCAGCUAAGACAGUGGUGGAUCUAUUGCAGAACAAUAAGAUCUCUAAAGUUAAACUCUUUGAUGCAGAUUCUCAAGUUCUUAAUGCUCUUAGAGGAAGCCAAAUCCAAGUUAUGGUUGGCAUUCCUAAUCAGUUUUUGUCUCUUUUUAGCUCUUCUCCACCUGAUGCUGAUUCUUGGGUUCGCCAUAACCUCUCUUUUUACCUCUCCGCCAAACCUCCAGUCGAUAUCAGGUAUGUAGCUGUUGGAAACGAGCCCUUUCUCACCAGCUACUCUGGCCAAUUUCAGUCUUAUGUUGUGCCAGCAUUGCUCAACUUGCAGCAGUCAUUGGUUAGAGCAAAUCUUGCCGGAUCUGUUAAGCUAUUAGUCCCCUGUAAUGCUGAUGCGUACGAGUCAUCUUUGCCUUCUCAGGGAACCUUUCGCCCUGAACUCACCCAGAUUAUGACCCAACUUGUUUCCUUCCUCAAUUCCAAUGGUUCUCCAUUUGUUGUCAACAUCUACCCUUUCUUGAGUCUCUAUGGAAAUUCAGAUUUCCCCCAAGAGUAUGCUUUUUUUGCAGGGACUAACCAUCCCGUGAUUGAUGGACCAAAUGUCUACUACAAUGCCUUUGACGGAAACUAUGACACUUUAGUUGCAGCACUUAACAAAAUUGGGUAUGGUCAGAUACCCAUUGUAAUCGGCGAGGUCGGUUGGCCUACAGAUGGAGCCUUUGGUGCUAAUCUUACAGCUGCUAGGGUCUUUAAUCAGGGCCUUAUAAAUCAUGUCCUUAGCAACAAAGGGACUCCUCUCAGGCCGGGUGCCCCACCAUCGGACAUUUAUCUUUUCAGCCUGUUUGAUGAAGACUCAAAGAGCACCCUCCCUGGGAACUUUGAGAGGCACUGGGGAAUUUUCUCUUUUGAUGGGCAGGCUAAGUAUGAACUGAAUCUUGGUCUAGGUGGUGGCUCUUUGAAGAAUGCUAAGGAAGUCACAUAUCUCCCGGCUAGAUGGUGCAUUGCAAAUCCAUCAAAGGAUCUGUCCGGUGUGUCAAACCAUAUUAAACUUGCUUGUACUGUUGCUGACUGCACUAGACUUAAUUAUGGUGGUUCCUGCAAUGGAAUUGGGGUAAAAGAAAACAUCUCUUACGCAUUCAAUAGCUACUAUCAGCAGCAGAAACAAGAUGUACAGAGUUGUGACUUUGAUGGCCUUGGUGUGGUCACUUUCUUGGAUCCUUCAGUUGGAGAAUGUCGAUUUCUUGUUGGUAUCUCAGACUCUGAUUCUUCCUCAAGUCAUGGACUGUGUGGCAGAUGGAUAAAUAUAUGGACAUUGUUAAUCUUUUCAGGGAGUAUUGCUUUUCUACUCUAGGCACUGCAUAGGACGAGUUUAUAACAGGGGCCUUACGCUUUGCAUAUCAUACGAGUUUCACAACAUCUCAUUUAACAGAAUUACAGGCUUGUAUUUAAUUUACGGCUUAUGCUACUUAGUGUAGGUAUUAAAGGUGCAACAAUACUACUAUGUUGUAUGUUCGCGCUCUCUAAAGAUUGAGAUUAUCCGAGCAUAGGCUAUACGUCUUUGAAACUA